AUGGCGCCGUACGGCGUGGCGCGGCGCCCUCGGCGCAUGGUGUCCUUCACGCGGGAGCCCCCCGAGGGCGCCAGAUGGCGCUGCGCGGCGGCCGGCGGGCGCGCCUACGUGCUGUACCCGUCGCCCGAGGCGGCGCCCGUCGCGGAGGCCCUCGCGCCCGCGCCGCGGGAGGGCCUCGCGGAGGGGCCCUCGCCGCCCGCGCUCGUGGUGCUCAUCGACGGCACCUGGCACCAGGCCAAGCGCAUGAGGAAGGCGCUGGAGGGGCUGCCCCACGUGGCCCUGGGCGGCGGCACCCUCGCCUCGCGCUUCGGCUGGCGGCGGCAGUCCGAGGCCCACCGCGUGACCACGGCGGAGGCCGCCGCCGCGCUGCUGGAGGAGCUGCACGGCGGCCCCGGCGGCGCCGCGCGGCACGGCGGCUCCGACCCCCAGGUGCUGCGCUGGGCCGAGGCGCUGCGGACGGCCGUGGCGAUGCUCGACGAGGCGCUGAGGAGCCAGUCGCACUACAGCAAGGACUUCCUGGAGCCCCGGGAGCCCUGGCAGGAGCGGCAGCUCGCCCACAUGCUGGCGCGGCAGCCCGGCGGGGCCGCGGGGCGCCCGGAGGGCUGA